AUGCACCCCAUUCACAUCAUUGCCCUCAUCGCCACGGGUCUCAGCGCCCGCGCGGCGCCCGUCGUCGAGCCUUGCGAGGCCCUCACAUACGAUAAAGUUGUGGGCUUCGAAGAGGCGGGCUCGAGCCUCGCUAAGGGUCAGGACCAAUACGCACCGAUAGGUCGUGGUUGCGACGAAAGUACCGGGCAGGUUUAUGCUCGGGGCGCGACUCAUGGCGACCACUACGCAAUUAUGUACUCCUGGACUCUCCAGCGAUCUGGAUGGGCCAUCGCCACGAUUGGGAGAACGCCAUGGCCCAUAGUGUGGAUCGACAACGCUUUCGCCGCCGAGCCGAAGAUGGUCGGCCUGUCCACCUCUGCGCAUGGCAAAAUCGCCACCAUAACGAGCGACUUCCUAGUUGACGGCACCCGGCCGAGGAUUAGAUACUACAACACGUUCCCCUUAAACCAUCAGCUUGGCACUGCGGACGAGGAUGACAAGGUCGGCAAGGAGCAGCCUCUCAUUGAGUGGGGGAACUUGACCGACGCUUCGAGGACCACCCUGCAGGACACCGAUUUUGGCGAUGCUACUGUGCCGUUCAAGGAUAGUACCUUUGAAGGUCAUUUGGCUCAGGUUACCCUUUAG